CGCCGAUUUGCCCUGGCGCUGCUUCGCGGGGCUCGUUAGACGGGCCUUUUUAUCGGGUCGCGAGUCGCCGAAGCUGCCGAUUCCUUCCUCCGCAAUGUAAUCCGGCCUGAAAUCGCAGCUUAAAUCGAUCGUAUCGGCAAGAUAAAUAUGCGCCCGAAAUACCGCGCCUUGAUAAUUGCUUCGUUGAGUCGUUGGGGUAAGGAGCGCGUAUCUUAUCGUCACCCGUAACUCGCUUUUUCCAUAAUUAUACUCUUGAAUUGUUUGUUUUUAAUUUAUUAAAAACCAUUGUCGUGCGAAGGAUAUCAGUGCGUCGAGUGAUAUCACUUGGCUCGGACAUAUGUCUGAGGAUUUCGGCGAUCGGUCGAGGCGAUAUUAUUGGCGAUAAUAAGUAGGACACGCAGUUACGUUGCAGUCUAUUGUAUUUGAGAGUUUGAGAGUAGCGAGCAUACAGUCGCUCUUACACUUGAGUAAUUAAGUGUCAAAAUCCGAUAACAAACAAAUGAUAGAAAGUUCAUGUACCUAUCAGAAAAAGUAAGAUGGGUUACCCGAAAUCCAUAUUCUUCAUAAUCAGCAAUGAAUUCUGCGAGAGAUUUUCCUUCUAUGGCAUGCGAACGGCCCUCUCGCUCUAUCUCGUCGACGUCCUCAUGUACAACGAGGACACGGCGACGGUCAUGUACCACACGUUCUCCAUGCUCGCCUACUUCUUCCCGCUGCUGGGGGCGAUGAUCGCGGAUUCGUGGCUCGGCAAGUACCGGACGAUCCUCUACCUGAGCUGCGUCUACGCGCUGGGCCAGCUGCUGCUGUCCGUGAGCUCGGUGCAGACCCUCAGCCUCCCAGUCAGAGAAUUAUCCAUCCUGAGCCUGAUACUGAUAGCCCUUGGCACUGGUGGCAUUAAGCCCUGCGUCACGGCUUUCGGGGGCGACCAAUUCAAGCUGCCCGAGCAGGAGGUUUACCUGUCCACCUUCUUCUCACUCUUCUACUUUGCCAUAAACUCGGGCUCGCUCCUGUCCACCUUCAUCACUCCGAUACUCCGCAAAGACGUCACCUGCUUCGGGGAGAACACGUGCUACUCGCUGGCCUUUUUCAUACCGGCUGUACUCAUGAUUAUAUCCGUAGCGAUAUUUUUUUCUGGUAAAAGACUGUAUCGAAUAAAAGAGCCCGAAGGCAAUGUCAUUUUCACUGUUACUAGCUGCAUCUGUUACGCUAUCUUCCGUAAAAUAAAGUCAAAGGAAAAGCGCGACAAUUGGCUGGACCAUUCGGACAAUCGUUACAGCAAGCAAACGAUCGAGGACAUUAAGUCAGUUUUGAAAGUUUUAAAGCUCUUCAUACCACUACCAAUAUUUUGGGCCUUAUUCGACCAACAGGGUUCUCGCUGGACAUUCCAGGCGACGCGUAUGAACGGCGAGAUUUUCGGUUACCUCGUCAAGCCCGAUCAAUUUCAGGUCGUCAAUCCCCUCUUCAUUAUCAUCUUUAUUCCAGUGUUCCAGAUAUGCGUGUAUCCUGUUAUCGAAAAAUUUCUGUAUAUUAAUACACCCUUGAGAAAGAUCACUGUUGGCGGACUACUGGCGAGCCUGUCCUUUGCCAUUUCCGGCAUCGUCGAGUACAAUCUCGAGCCGACAUAUGUCGUUCAACCAUCGACUGGCUUGGCACAAAUACGGAUAUUUAACACACUGAACUGCAAUGCCUCGAUAACAAUCGACGAGCAUAAGUUUUUUUUGGAAAGCCUCGGUAUGUACGAAAACCUUAGUAUUCCAGUUAAUGGAGUCGAGUCGCUCGAGUUCAGGGCAGAAUACGGCGAUUGUCAAAUCUCGAGCAAAAAAAUAUUCACCGGGACUCUGAUAGUCAAGGAGAAAACAGCCCAAUCGUGGUCUAUAACUAGAUCGGGCCUCGGUCCCGUCCUCCAUGAUAGCAUCGAGAAGUCGAAGACGGGUGACCCGUUGGUGCGAGCUCUCAUUGAUAUAAAUUCCAACACCGUCAACUACAGGACCCUCAAGCUGAUCGGCGGCAACGAUGAAUACUUAUUCGAAAUAAAAAAGAAAACGAAUUUCACCAAGUUCAUCGAGAUGAAUCACCACAAGUACGAGAUAUUCAUGGACGACUUUAAAGUCGAUGAGAUGAGCUUCCACGUCGGUGGGGUAUACACGAUCGUCGGCGAGGUCGUCGACAAAUCGACGGUGUUGCGGAAAGUGACGAUCGUUGAACCCAAUUCGAUCCACAUGUUCUGGCUCCUGCCCCAAUACAUCGUCAUAACAAUGGGCGAGAUCAUGUUCUCGAUCACGGGUCUUGAAUUCGCUUUUACGCAGGCGCCGGCCAGCAUGAAGUCGCUACUUCAGGCCAGUUUUCUGCUUACCGUUGCCUUUGGUAAUCUCAUUGUCGUCAUCAUUGCCGAGGCUCACUUCUUCCAGCGACAGGUAUUAGAAUUCUUCCUAUUUGCCUUGUUAAUGCUCGGUGACAUGCUAGUCUUCGCUAUAAUGGCGAAGUUCUAUAAAUAUAUAGAUAUAUCCAAUGCCAAAGAAGAAAUCAACAUGCAGCACAAUUAAACAUUGGCCUUAAAUUUUUAAAAUAGCAAAAUAACUCAAGAAAAAACAUUAUCACUUAAAUGAUAAGAUUUUAUGAAAUUUGUCU